AUGUUUUUGCCAAUAUUUCAAUCUUCUUUCUUGUAGAUCACAAUGACUGAAAUAAAAGUCAAUGUGAAAAUAUUCUCAGAAAAAAUGAUUAUAGAAGGAUUCAAAGGCUAAAGUGAAAAAGUCUUAGAGUUUACUUAAACUAGUUAUUGUGUUGAGUGGGAUUAUGAUAAGUAUGAUAAUUAAUAUUACUUUAGGAGUCAGGAUAAAUUGUUAAAGGGUUUUACUUUAUGUUAAUAUGGUCAAAGACUAUAUUCAUUUUAAGGUGAUGUAAUUUAAGUUACUGAACUGAGAAAUGUAUUAAAAGGUAAACUUGGAUUUUACAAUUGGGAGAAGGAGUUGACCUUCUAAAGAUGGAUUAAGAAAACAGAACAUUGUGAGGUAAUCAUUUUAAAUAAACAAUACAGAUUCUUCAAGUUUUACGGGGGGAAAAUUUAAAAGUCAUAAAAGUUCUUUAAAACAACAAUGUAUAAGAAAUAUUGAUUCUAAUAAUAGUCUAAUUUAGAAUUAUAGAUCAAUAAGAUUUUAAAUGACAAUCCUCAUGUAAAUAUUCUUCAUUCAGAUGAAUUCUACAAAGAUGAAAUUUAAAUCUUUUUAUUAAUGGAUUAUUAAGAUAAAUCACUAGGAGAUUUAUAAAAUGAGUAUACAAAUAAAAAAGUACCUAUAAAUGUUAUAAGACCUAUCUUAUAAUAAUUAUUAGAAGGUAAUUUAAUCUAAAUUAUUAAAAUAGGAGUUAGUCAUUUACAUUCAUAGAAUAUAAUCCAUAAAGAUUUAAAAUAUGACAAUGUAUUAUUGACUCAAAACAGAACAGUAAAGAUCAUAGAUUUUGGUUUGUCAUAAAUAGGUAGUACUACAAAUGUUCGAUCUGGAACUGGAGGUUAUAUAGCUCCUGAAGUUUUUCAGAAUUAAGUUAUAACUUCCAAAAGUGAUAUUUUCAGUGUUGGAGUUAUAUUUCAUAAAUUAUUAACUGGAAAGGGUAUUUAUAAUAGUCUUGAUGAAAAUAUGAAUGGUAGAAUGAAGAUCAGUUCUCACAUUAAAGAUAAGAAUGCCAAAGAUCUCUUAUUGUCAAUGUUGCAUUCAGAUCCUAAUCUAAGAUAUACUGCUGAUGAUUGCUUGGCCCAUCCUUUUUUCAUUGGAGAAUACGAUUAACCUUUUUAAAAGUAUAUUUAUUAUUAUUGAUUUUAGGAUUAGUCUAUGUAAAUACAUGAGUCCUCUUUCUUAAUAUAAAUUUUAACCUAUAUCUACAUAAAUAAUGAGCUUAUCUUUAUGA